AUGAUAUCAAGAUUAGUAAGAGUAUUGGGAACCAACCCAACCUCAUCAUCAUCAUCAUCAUUGCAAAGAUCUUAUAGUCAAGCUACUACUACUACUACUUCUAGUUAUCUUAACAACAAUAACCUCAACUUCAAGAACAUCACCAAAGAUCUUCAAUCAAAAUUAUUAUUUUCAACUAGUUGUGCUGGUGCUGCACAACCAUCUCAUUCAUUUAUUCAUUCUUUCAACUCUAAAAAGAUUAAUUGCAAUAAUACAUUUAGUAUCUUAUCUUCAUCACUGUCAACAUCUUCAUCAACAUCAACAUCAACAUCAAGAAUAUAUUUAAAUAAUAAUAAUAAUAAUAAUAACAAAAUGAUUAGUAAUAGAAAUAAUAGUAGUAGUAGUAGUAAUAAUAAUAAUGUAGAAAACAAAGAUAAAGAAGAUAAAGAAGAUACAAAGAUAGUAGAAGAUAGUAAUGAAAACAAUAAGAAUAAUAUAACACUUUAUGAUAAAUACUUAAAGAAUACAUAUGACUAUCCAACGUACAGUCGUAAAUGGUUUAUUGAAAAGGCAUACCAGUUUGCAAUCUUUGGUGUGACUGGUCCAACCGCUGUAGUCGUUGUUAAAUGGAUUCUCAAGAAUCUCUGGCAAGUGGAGGGCACUGUCUUUGGUGGUCCAUGGCAAUUCACACUCGCCUACUUUGCCACCAUGUUUACAUGUUAUCCAUUUGUAUUGUUGUUCUAUGGCACCUUGUUUGCAAGACACCAAUAUUUCAAAAAGAUGUUCCUAAGAAUGACUAUUGGAACACCACAAAGAAUCAUUGCUCUAUUUAACAAGAAUAAAAAGAAUCAAUAA